AUGUCGUUAGACAACAACACCAAUAACAACCCGUCUUCACCAUCAACACAACGCUCAUUAAACACGACUUUGUCAUCCGACAUAUCCAAACUCUCACUCCCGCAGACCACCGAACCACCAGGACCAUCCAACCCACCCAAGCAAAAGGUAUGGCUAGUAUUCGGCGCGACCGGCCACAUGGGACGCUCCAUUGUAAAAGCGGCCUUACAGCACGGUGACAUCGCCAUCGCUGUGGGCCAGUCCCACGUGGACUCACAGACAUCGAUGCAGAAGUGGCACGACGACUCAGAUCGCUACUUGGGACUCCUAUGCGACGUGCGCAUCCGCUCCACGGUGAGUAGAGUACUCGAACAGGCCAUGAGGCAGUUCCGACGGCUCGACAUCAUAGCCAACUGCACCGGGUAUGGUGUGAUCGGGGCGUGCGAGGACCAGGACGAAGCCGAGAUCCGCAACCAAUUCGAGACCAACUUCAUGGGCACGCUGAACAUCAUCCAGCUCUCACUGCCCUACUUCCGCAAACGCCAGGCCGGGCGGUACCUAAUCUUCAGCUCGACAUCCGGGGCGUUGGGCGUGCCGGGCCAGGGGCCGUAUUGCGCGAGCAAGUACGCCGUCGAGGGGCUGAUCGAGAGCAUGCUGUACGAGGUUGACGGCUUCGACAUCCGCUCGACCCUCGUUGAACCGGGCCACCUGCGCCGCGACGACGUGCACACCAUGGCCAACGGCGUCAAGCUGCCAAUCUUCGGGCACUUCAAGGUCGCCAAGCCGUCGGAGCCGUACAUGGCGAAAGACUCGCCCGCGGGCCAUGCGAAGCGCACGCUACAGUGGAUCGGCGAACAUCAGAACACCAGCGUCGUCAAGGCCGCCGAGCUGGUCUGGCAGCUGGGGCAUUGCAGCUAUCCGCCGCUGCGGCUGCUGCUCGGCACGUACGCCGUCGAGAGCAUUCGCGACCGUCUCAAGAGCGUCACCGAGGAGAUUGAGGACUGGAAGCAUUUGCAUUUUCCGCCGUUGGAGGGCCAUGAGGAGAAGGAAGGGGAUGAUGAUAAUGAGGGGGACGACGAUCAAGAGGGCGAAGGCGACGGUGACGAGAAAGAUGGAGAUGCGAAGGACGACGGCAAUGAUGAUGAUGUCGAUGAGGACGAUCAGGACGACAACGACAACGACCAGGACAUCAAGAUCAUCAAGGUGGAAAACUCGGGAGAUGUGGAAAUGAAUGAUUGA